GGUUGUGCGUGUGUUGUCCAUGGAGAAGGAAGGAGAGGUGCUGAGUGAGUGCAUGUGCCGUGUUUUGCAUUUAAAAUCGUGGAGGUUGUAAGUUUUAGAUGUGAUAGACGUGUAUUUGAGCCUGACCUCUCUGCAACGAAUGUGUUCUCCAUUCCCAUGGCCACCCCAGUGUGAUCUUAGAAGGCUCCUGAUUAAAUUUUCCACGAGCUCAGAGAAAUGGCAGCACCGAGCCUGAUAAGAAAAAGUCGUUAAACAUACCCUGGUCCUCCCAGUUCGGGAGCGUUGGUUCCCAGAGUAACCACCUUCAACAUUUUAAGCUGUUUUUUCUAAUGCUUGUUUCCAUGUUUUAAAGUAAGAAGUAUUUUCUGCUGUUUCUUGCAUUUUCAGUUAUGGAUAGUAUGUGCUGACUUCCUUCUGUGGCAGAAGAGGAUUUAUGUCUCAUAGAUGCCACUGUCCCCAAACUCACUUGUCUUCCUGCAUCUAUUAAUGCUUAUGUUAAUUAAUUUACAUUAAUUUAUUACAUUAUUUACAGUAAUCUACAUAUUCUUUAUUCUUGCUAAUAAUUACAUUAUUAUACACAUAAAUGUCAUAUUGCUUACAACAUGAGGACUAGGGAGUUAUUACAAGACUAUGAACUCUGGUUGUAUUGGUUUGCCUUGUGGAAGGGCUUUGGAAUUGUCUGUUCACAGGAAGGAAGGCUUUUAAAAAUUAUUUUGGAAGGAUUGCCUCAGUUUUUCUCAAAGAGAGGCAUCCAUGUGUAACUGUGCAAGACUAAAGAAAUCGUUUGCAUCAGGACUGGACCUAUAUGAGCACUUUUCCAGAAAGUGGGAUACAGAACUGAGCAAAAGUCAAAGAUCUUGUUCUCUUGGAAUAUCCACGUUGGAGGAAACAGAUAAGCAAAUGAAGAGUAAAUAUAUCAGGAUUUCCCAAUAAUAUAAAGAAAAAUACAGUAAGAUACAAAGAAUAAAACUGCUAGUGGAAUUCUGAAAGUGCUCAGGAUUCUAGCUAUUUAUUGACUUAGAUAUUUAGGACUUAGGUUUCUUCAUACCACUCUCUCAAAAUACACUUUCCUUCCUGCAUCUAUUGAUGUUUACAUUAAAAAUAUGUUUUGGAGUAAGAAAAAAUGUUAAAAGCACUGUAAGUAUGGGUGGAUGUCUUAAAGUAGCAGGCCUCACUGUAAGGUGAUCUGAAUAUUUCAUUGAAGGCUAUGUCCCCUCCCCCAAACUGUUAUGUGCAAGUUAUUUCUCCGUGUAAUCAGUGUUAGGGAGGGGAAACUUACAAGUAUCCUAUCUGUGUGGGAAAGCCUUGCUGCCAAUUUCCUGAGGCUAAGGAGGGAAGAAGGCCAGAACACUCAGCAUUUGGUAGUAUCUUUCAAUAAUAUAUUAAUUAGGGUAGAUUAAAUGGCUCUUGCAAAUCAACACACAAAAAAGUGUAUUAUUACUCAAACACUAUAGGAUUUUAUUUUUUAUAAGAAUCCAAAGUGGGUUUUUCUAGUUGGGAGGUAGCUCUUCUAUACAUAGUGAAUUAGGUACCCACACUAGUGAAUUAGCUACCCUGUGGCUUUGCCAUUCCCAGUCUCAUCAUUAACUGCAUCCAUCCAACAGAAAGAUAACAGGGAAAUUCCAAGAGGAAUUUCCAAGAGGAAAAUACAGAUAGGGGCAAAAUUCAUGGCUACAGUUUAGAGAUGGCUAAACAUUGUUAAGUGCUACUAAGUAGCUAAAAUAUUCUCCUAUUUGCUUUCUCACAGGUUUUAAAUAUCCUCAACCUGCUAUGAGUUAACCUUGAUCUCCAGUUUGUAAGUGAGAAAGGUGAAGUCUGGAGAGAGAAUUUUCUCAAGUUCAUUGCUACAAAGUGGCACAGACUUUGAAGCCCAAUUUAAAACCAGUUCAGUUUACCAUUUAUUUUUAAAAGAUAGGCGAUUAUUAAGAUAAUUUUAGAUUUGUAGCGGAAAAUAGCUUUUAGAAAGAAUUUAAAAUGUAAUAUUGUUCUGUGGCUGUUUUUAAAAACAUAUCCCUAAACUGCCUGGAAAAUAUAUAGGAUAAACAUUUUGAAAAUUAAUGUUGCAUAUCUGGAAAUUCUGACAAAUAGUUCAAAGGAUAGAUAGAUCAAAGCUAGAAAAAUCAUACCAAAAAAAAAAAAAAAACCCCUAGAUUAUCCAAAUAGGCUUAUAUGAUAUAGAGAAGCUGGGUAGUUAUUCUGGAUUGGAUAGAUGGAAAUGAGCUAUGAAAGAAGGUAACAUCGAACAUUUAUUAUAGAUACGGCAGUGUACACUUUAAAGAAGAAGAAUGAAGUGAAUGUCUGUGCUCUUGCCACCAGGCUUAAGAAAAAGGGUAUUGCCAGCAACUCACAAGCCUCAUACAUGUUCGUUCCUGGUCACAUUCUUUUUACCAUCCUCUCCCCCAAUUCCCUCAAGUAACCAUGAUCCCAAAUUUUGUGUUAUUACAAUAUUUUUUCAGAAAAAAUUCAACUACAUUUGUUUAUAACUCUACAUGGUGUAUUGCUUUGAUUUGCCUGCUUUAGAUUGUUUAUUCACUAAUUUUAUUAUUUUGUUACAUAAUUGUUAUUACUUUAGGCUUUGAAAAUCACCCACAUUUAUGCACUUGUGUGAGAAAUGCAUGUUAAUUCACUUCCCUUUUGUAUGCUAUUUUAUUACAGGAAAAUACUUUGAUUUUUUUUGGGUCCAUCUGAGUAUUAACAACAAAGCUGCUUGAAUUUAUUUGUAGAUGUCUACUGGUUCUGCCAGAAGAAUUUCUCUAGGGCAGAUGGAGUCUCAUUCUGUUGCCAGGCUGGAGUACAGUGGCAUGAUCUCAGCUCACUGCAACCUCUGCCUCCUGGAUUCAAGUGAUACCCCUGCCUCAGCCUCUCAAGUAGAGUGGAUUACAGGCGUGUGCCACCACGCCUGGCUAAUUUUUUGUAUUUUAGUAGAGAUGGGCUUUCACCAUGUUGGCCAGGAUGGUCUCAAUCUCCUGACUUCAUGAUCCACCCACCUCGGCCUCCCAAAGUGGUGGGAUUACAGGUGUGAGCCACCACACCUGGCCUAGUAAUUGAUUUUUAAAUUUCAAAGCUCCAGUGUUAGAGUGAAACUGGUGAGGAGAAAGGGGUACUGAAGAAAUGAAUGUCAUUUUCUCUGUUCAAAAAAGGUCCCAGGUCUUUAUUACUCAUAAGGGAAGCCAUUCGAGAACGCAAGUGAUUCUUACAGACGUUGGUAUAGAAGAUCCACCUUCAUUCCGGCCACUACAGAAUUUCUCUUGGUCAAAGAACAUAUUAGCAUGGGAAAGUCUAAUCAGUCUUUUGUGACAGAAUUUGUCCUGCUGGGGCUUUCUGGCUACCCAGAGCUAGAGGCCAUUUACUUUGUGCUGGUCCUGUGUAUGUAUUUGGUGAUCCUAUUGGGAAAUGGAGUCAUCAUCAUCGUGAGUGUUUAUGACACCCGAUUGCACACCCCCAUGUACUUUUUCCUCAGUAACUUAUCAUUCUUGGACAUCUGCUAUACUAGUUCAUCUAUCCCACUAUUUCUCAGCAGCUUCUUAACUUCAAAGAAAACGAUUUCCUUCUCUGGAUGCGGAGUGCAAAUGUUUCUCUCUUUUGCUAUGGGAGCAACAGAGUGUGUCCUUCUAAGUAUGAUGGCGUUUGACCGCUAUGUGGCCAUCUGUAGCCCUCUACGAUACCCUAUCAUCAUGAACAAAUCUGCAUAUGUGUCCAUGGCUGCUGGGUCCUGGAUUGCAGGGGGCAUCAAUUCUGUGUUGCAAACAUCACUUGCAAUGAGGCUUCCUUUCUGUGGGGAUAACGUCAUUAAUCAUUUUACUUGUGAAAUCUUGGCUGUCUUAAAAUUGGCCUGUGCUAAUAUCUCCAUAAAUAUUAUUAGCAUGGUUGUUGCUAACAUGAUUUUUCUUGUAGGGCCAGUACUUUUUAUUUUUGUUUCAUAUGUUUUUAUUCUCUCCACCAUUCUGAGAAUUCCUUCUGCAGAAGGAAGGCGCAAAGCCUUCUCCACCUGCUCUGCCCACCUAACAGUGGUGAUUAUAUUCUACGGAACCAUCCUUUUCAUGUAUGCAAAGCCCAAGGCUAAAGACUCUUCUGGUGCAGACAAAGAACAAGUCACAGACAAAAUCAUCUCCCUCUUCUAUGGAGUGGUGACACCUAUGCUUAAUCCUCUCAUCUAUAGUUUGAGGAACAAAGAUGUAAAGGCAGCAGUGAAGAGUAUACUGUGUCAAAAAUGCUUCUUAGAAAGAAUGUGAAUGCUUAUUUAUCUUUAAAAUCAUUUUACUCUGAAUAUAGGGCUAGUUUUCUCUUGGAGUUUCCAAAAUAAAUAUGAGGGUUGAUGAUUCCAUGAAUUCCUGAAAUUUUCAUUUUUCUCUUCCUAAUACUUAAAAGAAAGAGGGAAAUCCAGGACUGAGUUAUUUUUCUCUUCAUGACAGAGUUAAGGAAAAGAGGGACAGAAACUUAUGGAUAAAAGGAUUCUUAUCCAAACCACCUUCCUUCUUAAGGCUAAUAGAAUUUAGUUCAAUCCUUGAAUGAUAAAUUUUAUAAUCUAAGAGGAAGUAACCUUUUACUAACUUAAUAUUUUAUCCCAUAUCUACACCAUUCUUAGGAAGAUCAAGUAGAAAGCAUCUUGCUAAAAAUCAGAGUGCUAUGUGACUUCAACAGUAAAUAAUUCAGAAUGAAGUAGAUUUGAUCACGUAGAAGUAAAUGGGGAAUGCUGUAAGGUGUUAGAUACCUAGCCUGUGUAUAUGUAAUAGAGAAAGAAGAAAUGGAAAAAUGAAGCUAUUUCCUAGGGAUGAUUUCCUUUUGGCCGCAAACUGGCAAGCCAUCUUUUGUGCCGAGGUGUUUAAGUCAAUGUGAGACUGUGCAGACAACCCAGCUGAUGGGAAAUAUGGCCUGCCUUGUGUUUCAAUAGAUGAACAAUGAUGUCUUUGAGUGAAAAGCAUUACUGUGAAAUGAUUCAAAAAACAUUACUUUACUUCUAAAUAACUUGAUAGUAUAAUUCUCUGAGAACACAGUGAUAAUUGGUUUACUGUUAUAAGAAGUUAGGUUUUUGCAAUUACAUGAAUUUUCUAUGGAAUCUGAGCAUUCCAUUCAUUCACUCAGUCAUUUAUUACUCAUUUACUUAUUCAGUCAACCAGUAUUUACUGAAUACCUAUUUUUGUCUCAGGCAUUGUGCUAAAUAUUGGUGAUAUAAAAACAUAUAAAACAACCUGGAAGCGACAGUGAAGACAUGGUGAGGGAGCACUCUCGUGGAAUACAGAUUGACACAUACAUUGGAGAUAAAAAUAUUAAAGAAAACUUAUUUAUGGCUUUUUCAUCUCUCCUACCUUUAAGCUGGACUCUAUUGGGUCUUUGUUGGGCUGAGCAGAAUAAUGGUUGGAUUUAUAGUAAUUAAAUAAGCUGACUGUCAUAUGAAAGGGCUUGAACCAUCUCUAGAGAAGAAAUAAGACAGUCAGAAAGAAUUCAGUGCAUACUGGAGAUUUUGAUGAUAGAAGGACAGAUAUUUACAUUGAUACAGAAUAAAAAGGAAAAAUUACCUACAUGGAAUUUUGGGAAAGCUUUGAUGCUGGUUUUAUGUGACCCUACCUCAGUGUGUCUUGAUAAUCUCAAUAAAGGUAUACAACAUUCUGUAAGA